GCCGCUCCCAGCGGGUCUCCUAGGCAACCAGCGCUCCGCCCCUCCGCCCCUUUAACCUUUAGGGUGCGCGCGCGCCGCGUACUGCGCCGGUUCCUCCCUCCCUCCCCUCUCUUGUCCCCCGUUCACCGGGGCUGUCCCGGCCGGAAGCGAAGAUGGCGGUGGCGGCGGGCGCGGCGUCUGCCGAGCUGGUGAUCGGCUGGUGCAUCUUCGGCCUCCUCCUCCUGGCUAUUUUGGCGUUCUGCUGGAUAUAUGUUCGCAAAUAUCAGAGUCAGCGGGAAAGUGAAGUUGUCUCCACCAUAACUGCCAUUUUUUCUCUGGCCAUUGCACUGAUCACAUCAGCACUUCUUCCAGUGGAUAUAUUUUUGGUUUCUUACAUGAAAAAUCAAAAUGGUACAUUUAAGGACUGGGCCAACGCGAACGUCAGCAGACAGAUCGAGGACACUGUACUGUAUGGUUACUAUACCUUAUAUUCUGUUAUAUUAUUCUGUGUGUUCUUCUGGAUCCCUUUUGUCUACUUCUACUAUGAAGAAAAGGAUGAUGAUGAUACUGGUAAAUGCACUCAAGUUAAAAUGGCACUCAAGUAUACUUUGGGAUUUGUUGUGAUUUGUGCACUUCUUCUUUUAGUUGGUGCUUUCGUUCCAUUGAAUCUUCCUGAUAACAAAAAUUCUACAGAGUGGGAAAAGGUAAAGUUCCUGUUCGAAGAACUUGGAAGUAGUCAUGGUUUAGCUGCCUUGUCAUUUUCCAUUAGUUCUCUGACCUUGGUUGGAAUGUUGGCAGCUAUAAUCUACACAGCCUAUGGCAUGUCGGCGUUACCUUUAAAUCUGAUUAAAGGCACGCGAAACGCUGCUUAUGAGCGUCUGGAAAACACUGAAGACAUUGAAGAAGUAGAGCAGCACAUCCAAACAAUUAAAUCAAAGAGCAAAGAUGGUCGACCUUUGCCGGCAAGGGAUAGACGCGCCUUAAAACAAUUUGAAGAAAGGUUACGAACACUUCGGAAAAGAGAGAGGCGCUUAGAAUUCAUUGAAAAUAGCUGGUGGACAAAAUUCUGUGGUGCUCUACGUCCCCUGAAGAUCAUUUGGGGAAUAUUUUUCAUCUUUGUUGCAUUGCUGUUUGUAAUUUCUCUCUUUCUGUCAAACUUGGAUAAAGCUCUUCAUUCAGCUGGAAUAGAUUCUGGUUUCAUAAUUUUUGGAGCUAACCUGAGUAACCCACUGAAUAUGCUUUUGCCUUUACUACAAACUGUGUUCCCUCUUGAUUAUAUUCUUAUAACAAUUAUUAUUAUGUACUUUAUUUUUACUUCAAUGGCGGGGAUUCGAAAUAUUGGCAUAUGGUUCUUUUGGAUUAGAUUGUAUAAAAUCAGAAGAGGUAGAACCAGGCCCCAGGCACUCUUAUUUCUCUGCAUGAUACUUCUGCUUAUUGUCCUUCACACUAGCUACAUGAUUUAUAGUCUUGCUCCCCAGUAUGUUAUGUAUGGAAGCCAAAACUACUUAAUAGAGAGCAAUAUGACUUUCAGUGACCAUAGAGGCAAUUCAUCCCUUUCUGUGCCAAAGAGAUGUGAUGCAGAUGCCCCUGAAGCAGACACACAGACACCCGCCUCUGCUCUCGGGUUAAACACCGCUGCGGACAGACGCAAGUGGCUGGCGAUCCUGACUGAAACAGCUCCAGUAGCCCCCUUACCAAGACAGGUGGCCUCAGGAGGCUUGCUUUGAGACUUGGCAUUUCACUCCAUCCACCAACGUAAACCUUGUGUCAUAAGCGUAGCCCAAAUGUAGUUCUCCACCUUUUACGACCUCGAUUAAAGUGGCCCAGCCCAGGCCCUUAAACCUUGUAAAUACUCUUUGCCUUUCCCCUUCUUAUUCUCCCUCACAGUAUUUAGUCUAAUAAAUAUAGUUUUACUAAAUGGAUGAGGUUUUCUAAGUCCUGUUUUGGAGUGUUGACAGUUGACAAUAAAUAAGCCUAGUGAUGCUGGAUAAUUUAAGGGGGGUUUAAUAAUUUAAUCAGUAAAUUAAGAAUCUUAGGUUUCUGUUUCUGCUUUCUAACUACCAUCUGGUUUACAUAUAACGAAAUGCGUGUCCUGCCAACCUCUCAAACCUCAGUUCCAAGGCUGAGCUCCUCUCCUUCUCUCUUCCAUUUAGCUUUUCCACAUGUUACCCUCAUGUCAUAGGGUAGGAAAAGUUGUCUUGUGCCUUUUGUGUGCCCUCAACUAUUUAUUUACUCAGAAAUCUUGAAAUUUUUUUUGCAUUUUGUUACUUUUCCAAUACUAACCAUUUUCUACAUUCCACCAAGAUUAGAUGAGAAAUAGCAAACUAUACCCAUCAGUGAGGAUACUUGAAAUACAUUACAUACAGUGUAAUAAUACAGCUUUGUAUGUUUUCACAGAAAAAUAUUCACCACAUGAUGAUAGUGGAAGAGUGUAUAUAUUAUCUCAUGUUUUAUGUUUUGUGCAUAAAUAGUGUAAAAGUCAUGCUACAACUUUACAGGGAUGGUCCAAUAUAUGCAGAUCAAUCAAUAUGAUAUACAGCACAUUAAGGAAAGACCGAAAUCACACGAGCAUCUCAGUAGACACAGAAGAAGCCUUUGACAAAAUUCAGCAUCCAUUUAUGAUAAAAAUUCUUAGCAUAAUAGAUAUAGAGGGAACAUAUCUCAGCAUAAUGAAAGCUGUUUACAACCAACACAAUACUCAGUGGUAAAGCUGAAAGCCUUUUGCUAAAAUCUGGUACAAGACAAGGAUACUCACUCUCACCUCUUCUAUUCAACAUAGUAUUGGAAAUCCUAACAGCAGUCAGACAAGAGAAAGAAAAAAAAAAAAGGGAUCCAGAUUGGAAGGGAAGAGGCAAAAUUGUCAUUAUAUGCAUAUGGCAUGAUACUAUGUAUAAAAAACCCUCAAGUCUCCACACAGAAACUACUUGAACUGAUAAAUGAAUUCAGCAAGGUAGCAGGAUACAAGAUUAAUAUAAAGAAGUCGGUUGCAUUUCUUUACACUAAUAAUGAAAUAACAGAAAAGGAAUGUAGAAAAAUAUUAACCUUUUAAUAUCACAUCCUCAAAAAUAAAAUACUUAGAGUUAAACCUGACCAAGAAGGUGAAAGACAUAUGCCAAGAACUA